GAGCGCGCUGAGGACCGCACGUCAGCCACCGGGACAUACAUUUUUACGCAUUGGAGAAGUUACAACUUUCCCUUUUUUUUUUUCUCGAGGAAGAAAAACAGUUGACGACCAACAGAGAAACUGUGAGUUGAGGCGUCUGAGUGGGCAUGUGGUUGCUGGAGAAGCUCCGCAGCUCCGUGGAGAGAAGAGGGACACAUUCCCAGCCCCCGCAGACAGUAGAGGCCAUUCCAGUCUCAGUUUAUGCCAAUGUGCUAACUCCAGAAAGGAUCCCAGAUUUUUUCAUCCCUCCCAAACUUAUGUGCUGCCCACCGGAGGAGUCUCCCAGCCCGGAGCCCCGUCAACCGUCCCUGAGACCCUCCUCCUCAGCCCAUGCCAUCUGCAGCCAGAGCCCCAGAGCUCACAAAAGCAAGAACCCCUCCAGCCCCCGUCUCUUUUCCCGCAAUCUCCAGAAAUCAGCCAACCGCCACAUCAUCCAGAUAGAGAGUGCUGACGAACCAAGUGCAGGGUCUGCAUGCAGUGUUGAUGUCAACACCAACGCUGACCCCCAUUCGCAGACUGCAAUGUCCUUGCCCUAUGUCCCCAAGGCGCAGACCUCCUAUGGCUUUUCCACCCUAGUGGAGUCUCCUCAUACCCGUCGCAAGGAGAGUCUGUUCCACAGUGACCCCAACAGUCCCCUGACUUCCCCAAUCUCCCAGAGGCGCUCCCAAGGGGGGACCCUGCUGGCCCCAGCUGACCCCAACCCCUACCGCUAUUUCAGCGGUGGGGAGAGUGACACCUGCUCUUCCGCUGAAUCCUCCCCCUUUAACUCCCCUCUUCUGUCCCGAUCUGCCUCCCUUCUGCGCUCCAUCACCCAGGAGACGCAAGCCAAGGUGUCUCGUGCCAAACGCUCCUUGGCGCGACACAGUUCUCUUUCUACAGAUGAAUGCAGCUCAGCAGACAACAGCCCCAGUAUGCAGCGGCGCCGCGUUCGCUGCCCUCCCUCUCCCGCCUUCCGCGGAUGCAAAACCAGCGGCCUAAGGGGCGCAGCAUCGGAUCUCCUGCAGCGCGAGCACACUGUCAACCUCCACAAGGGGGGCACACUGAGGCUGAGCACUCACUACGACCCGGAGGCGGCUCGGCUGCGGGUCCGCGUGCUCACCGCUGAGGCCCUCUAUGACAGGAAGACGGACCUGAAAAGCAUCAACUGCUGCGUGGUGCUCUACCUGAAUCCUGGUAAGCAGCAGAAACAAAGGAGCACCAUUAUCAAGAACAGCAGGAAUCCGGUUUUCAAUGAGGACUUUUUUUUCGAUGCACUGCCUCAGACACAAGUAAAGAGUCUGGCCAUGAAGAUAAAGGUGGUGAACAAAGGAACCAGUCUGAAGAGAGAUGUGCUUCUGGGAGAAAGGGAGGUGCUUCUCAGCGAGCUGCUCACAGGCCUCUAGGGAGCAUCUGUCAAGACUCAGGUGAAAGUAAGCAGCAGCUCGUACCGCUCUAAGCCCCCUCCUCUCUGGCGACCUUUUCAAGGAUCUGAUGAAUUCUGGAUAUGAGGAAGCAUACUGAUGACAAGGGAGUUUUAUCAUUCACACUGUGUUAUACACCAGUGAGUUCUCCUUACCAAGUUGUUACUGGCAGUUUGUCAGUCCAGUUUAAGCAGAAGCAAGCCAUCACACUGUACAUGUUUGCCACUAAACGAAGAACGCGAAUGUUGGAGCUGUGGUCCUUGUCUGUGUAUUUCAAUUUGGGCCUCACGUUUCAGAAGGAGUCGCCCUCUCUGAUUAGCAUUGUGAUGUGGUCAGAAUCCUGUCACCUGCGCUGUUAUACUGAUAUCGUCUUGAGUUGAAAAUGUGUUUUUGUUAUAAAUAUUGACAACAAAUGGAGUUUUUGCAUGUAAAUGUGGAAAUAA